ACGUCCUUCACAAGUGUGCGUCAGUACACAUUUGCCUGAAAAUCUAACUUUCACCCACUCACACUAUUAGCACUUUCUUCCUUUUCUUCCCCAAAGAAAAAAACUAAACGACUCUGUUUCUCAUCUUUACAUCUCUCAUUUCAAAAAAAGAAUCACUUCUUCGAAUCUCCACAUCUACACGAUAAAUAACAGAGCGAGGAAGAGAGAAGAGCCGAGAGAGUAGAGAUGACGCGAAAAUAUUUUCAGAGAGAGGUGUUGCCGGUGACGGCGCUGGUAAUAAUGGAAUGUGCCAACGUGGGCUUAAACACUCUGUUCAAGGCAGCCACUUUACAAGGCAUGGGGUUCCAUGUCUUCAUCGUUUACUCUUAUGGUCUCGCUGCUCUUCUUCUCCUUCCUUCUCUUUUCUUCUCCUACAGAUCAAGAACGCUUCCACCGAUGAAUUUCUCAAUUCUCUACAAAGUCGUGCUUCUUGGGUUAAUUGGAUGCUGCUCAAACAUAAUGGGCUACACAGGCAUUAACUAUAGCUCUCCAACACUUGCUUCUGCAAUCAGCAACCUCACUCCUGCGUUCACCUUCUUGCUGGCCAUCCUUUUCAGGAUGGAGAGUGUAUCUUUCAAGAGAACAAGUAGUGUGGCUAAAAUGUUAGGAACCAUAGUCUCCAUUGGAGGAGCAUUUAUUGUGACUCUUUACAAUGGUCCUGUGGUGAUCAAUAUGUCACCACCGUCCAUUUCUCUGAGAUCGCAAUCUCCAAACCACGAUUGGAUCAUUGGUGCGGGUUUUCUUGCCGUCGAGUAUUUCAUGGUUCCGUUGUGGUACAUUGUUCAGACUCAAAUCAUGAGAGAGUAUCCAUCCGAGUUCACCGUUGUUUGCUAUUAUAGCUUUGGAGUGAGCUUUUGGACCGGGCUGGUCACGUUGUUCACUGAAGGGAGUGACUUGAGUGCAUGGAAGAUAAAACCAAAUAUAGCUUUAGUAUCAAUCGUUUGCUCGGGAUUGUUUGGAUCUUGCAUAAACAAUACAAUCCACACGUGGGCGUUGAGGAUCAAGGGACCUUUAUUCGUUGCAAUGUUCAAGCCUCUGUCCAUUGCCAUUGCCGUCGCAAUGGGCGUGAUAUUCCUCCGGGAUUCUCUUUACAUCGGCAGCUUGAUAGGGGCAACGGUAAUAACCAUCGGGUUUUACACGGUGAUGUGGGGCAAAGCUAAGGAAAUGGCCUUAGUCGAAGAUGACAACAAGGCUAACAACGAGGAUGCUAACGAAGCUGACCUUGAUUCUCCAUCAGGUUCACAGAAGGCUCCUCUCUUGGAAAGUUACAAGAACGAUGAGCAUGUAUAAGUAUCAUCAACCAGUUAAUACAGCUCUCUAUAUUUGUGUUUGUGUAUGAAAAUUUGAUAUGUAAAAGUCUUUUAAUUUAUUUGACGAUACAAAUGUGAUCUUUAAUUUUAGGAAUCAAAUUUCUUCUAAUCACAAUUAUAUAAUCUAGUGUACGCAUAACAAAUCAAUGAAUUUUAGAUGACAAACAAAAUAAUUAUGUACAAUUCAAUAGUGUAUGUUUGGCAGAAGAAUGACUUUUGUUCAAUUUAGCUGGAAAUUGUUAAAAAUGAUUCGGAUUCGCGUAAUCAUUGUCCUUUCAGAUACCUUUUUAAUCUAGUGAAUCGAAUAGUUUGAUAAGCCUAACCACUUAAGUUCAGACCAAUCUUUUUCUGCUUUAGUUAACUAUUUUGUUUCCAUUUACGAACUGUCUGGUGAAUGUUUUUGAUCUCAGCUUGAUAGGGGCAACGGUAAUAACCAUCGGGUUUUACACGGUGAUGUGGGGCAAAGCUAAGGAAAUGGCCUUAGUCGAAGAUGACAACAAGGCUAACAACGAGGAUGCUAACGAAGCUGACCUUGAUUCUCCAUCAGGUUCACAGAAGGCUCCUCUCUUGGAAAGUUACAAGAACGAUGAGCAUGUAUAAGUAUCAUCAACCAGUUAAUACAGCUCUCUAUAUUUGUGUUUGUGUAUGAAAAUUUGAUAUGUAAAAGUCUUUUAAUUUAUUUGACGAUACAAAUGUGAUCUUUAAUUUUAGGAAUCAAAUUUCUUCUAA